UAAUCAAGGAUUCUAGAGUGUCUUCUCUAGACUCCUUGGCCACUAUCAUACUCCGCAAUGUACUUGUGCGAGACUGCAAGCUUUGUGCGCGUGGUGAAGGGCCUUCUGCCCGCUGAGGGGGAGCUGGAGGCGCCGGCCACGGCCUUCCCCUUCCUCAGGCUGUUCCGGCGAUAUAGGGUGAGCUUGCCCCAGCACCUGGCUGACGGCAAGCACGAGAAGGAGGAAACAUUUGUGAACAACAAUACAAUACAGAAGGCAGAGGAGGAGGAAGAGCAGGAGGAGAAGGUGAGCGUGAAGGAACAAGACGAGCUGUCUUCGUUCCCCGAGUUGCACGAACUGGAGGAAACACUGGAUCCAUCUAGGAACGGGGAGCAACUCACACAGCAGGAGGAGGAGGAGGAGGAGGGGGUAGUGAGCCUCAAGGAACAAAACGAGUUGUCUUUGUGCCUCGAGCUGCAAGAACUAGUGAAAAGACAGGAGGAGGAACUGAAGCAAUCAGGGGACGGGGAGCAUAUCAAACAGAAGGAGGAGGAAGGAGAGAGCCGCAAAGAGCAGGGCGAGUUAUCAUCGUUCCUCGAACUGAUGGAACUUGUGAAGAGACAGGAGGAGAUGCUGAAGCAACCUGAGGACGGGGAGCAAAUCAAAGAGAGCGAGAAGGAUGAGAAGAACAUUGAGGAGGAGGAGGAGGAGGAGGAGGAGGGAGUAAACCUCAAAGAACAAGACGAGUUGUCUAUGUUCCUCGAGCUGCAGGAACUUGUGAAGAGACAAGAGGAGAUGCUGAAGACACCUGAGGACAGGGAGCAAAUCAAAGAGAGGGAGAAGGAUGAGAAGAACAUUGAGGAGGAGGAGGAGGAGGAGGAGGAAGAAGGAGUAAAUCUCAAAGAACAAGACGAGUUGUCUUUGUUCCUCGAGCUGCAGGAACUUGUGAAGAGACAAGAGGAGAUGCUGAAGACACCUGAGGAAGAGAAACAAAUAAAAGAGAAGGAGAUAGAUAAUAACACAGAGGAGGAGGAGGAGGAGGGAGGGAGCCUCAAGGAACAAGACGAGCUGACUAUGUUCCUGGAGCUGCAGGAGAUGGUAAAGGCACAGGAAAAAGCACUAGAACAGCUGAAGGGUGUGGAGGUCAUCAAACAGAAGUCCCGCAAGAGAGUGACGUUCUCCCUGGACAACGUGGACUUCCCCGUCAAGGAGCGGGAGCUGUACAAUGGGCGGGAGUACUUCAAGUUCGGGCGCGGCCUGCUGGCCCUGCGUCCCGACCUGCGCCGCCAGGGUGACCAAAAGUCCCGCAAGAGAGUGACGUUCUGUCUGGACAACGUCGCCCUCCCCGUGAAGGAGCGGGAGCUGUACAAUGGGCGGGAGUACUUCAGGUGCCGCCGCCGCCUCCUGACGCUGCGCCCCGAGUUGGGCCGUGAAGAAGUGACCGCCCCUCCCCGCCGCCCAUCCCGCAUCCCCGUGCCCCGCCCCGCCAGGACGGCCUCGGCGGGGAACCCAGCCCAGCCUUCCUUCCAUGAACCAGUCCACACCCUCAUAACCACCCCGCCCCGCCGCCCAUCCCGCAUCCCCGUGCCCCGCCCCGCCAGGACGGCCUCGGUGGGGAACCCAACCCAACUUCCCCUUCAUAACCCACUCCACACCCUCACAAGCACCACCAAUCCUCCCCGGCCCGCAUCCCCAUCCCCUUACACACACACGCCCACGCCUCAUCCCUCCACCGCCCCGUCCCCCCCCACCCCUCCUGCUCUCAGCGAAGAGUAAGGUGUUCAGCAGACAAGGGGCUGUUGCAGGAUUUCUCUUAUUAUUAUCAUUACUU